AUGUAUAAACCUUCAAGAUCUCUUAGAUAGAGUUAAGAAAAACUUUAUACACACAACAAGCCAUCUCCAUAGACAAGGGCUAUUUCAUUUGCAAAUACAAUGGAAGAGCCUUUAAGAUAAAUAAACAGGGAAUUAGAUAGAGAUUUAUAGAGGUAGAAGUUAAAAGUUUAUGAAACUGAAUUAUUGGAAGCAAAAGGUAAACAUAUUGAAUUUUAUAGAUUAGAUUAGUAGAGUUAAAUUUGUGUAGAGUUGAAUGAAUAGAGAUUGAGAAAUAAAUAAUAAUAAUAAGUUAUAGAGAAUUUAGAAUUCAAACUUUAAAUUGAGAGAAAGGAUUCAUUAAUAUAUUAACAAUAAGUUUAGAGAUUAGAGGAAUAGUUUAAUUAUUUAUAAGAUAAUUAUAAUACAUAAAAAUAACAGAUAAUUGUAUUAUAAGAGAGUAUAGAGUAAAUUUAGAAAAAGAAUAAUCUUGAGAAGGAAAUGAGAAAUGAAAAAGAAUAUUUAUUAGAAAAAGAAAUUAAGUAAAAAUAAUUAUUUAAUUUUAAAGAUUUUAAUAAAAUGAGAUAAAGAGAUAUUAAGAAGAAAUAUAAAAAUAGAGAGAACAUAUAUAAUAAAAUAAUUAAUAAUAAAAUGCAAAUGAAUUUAUUUAAAUAUUAGAAAAUAAAUUUGAAUUAGUUUAAAAGGAAUUCAUAUUUUAUAAAAAAGAAAAAGAAUAAGAAAUUGAAAAUAAUUAAUAAUUAAUAGAUUCUUAUCAAAAUUAAAUCUAAUUAUUGAGUUAAGAAAACAAAUCAUUAUAAGAUAAAAAUUAAAUAGUCUCUACAACUGAAGAACAUUAAUAAUAAAUUAAAAGUUUAAAAAUUGAAUUAGAAAGUUAAAUAUAAAUAGCUAAAUAGUUGAAUUAAUAGAUUGCAAUUUUAUAAUAAUAAUUGAAUUAAACUAAUGUUAUUUGUUAAAAUCUUAAAGAAGAAAAAUAAAGUGCAAUAAAAGAGAAAUAAGCCAUUGAAACCUAUUAUCUAGAUUAAUUAUAAAAAUAAGAUGUAUAACUAUCUUAAAUGAUUAAAUCAUCUGUUUAAAAUGAAUAAAAAGCUUAAAUCUAGAAAUUGUAAAUAAUUAUAGAGUAAACUAUUUAUAUUAUGUAAUUUUUAGAUAAAAAGAUUUAAUGAUAAGAGAAUUAAGUAUGUAAAAAGAUUGUAAUUGUAAUAAAUAAAUUAAAAAUGAAUAAAAAUUAAUUAUUAGAGAUCUUGAAAAGAAGAAUGUCACUUUAGUUAUGGAAGUAGAAAGAUUAAAUAAAAUUCUAAAAUAGAAACUAACAGAAUUAGAAAAUUAAACUUCUAGAUCAUGUGAAGAAAAUCAUAAAAAAUAUUUAGAAGAGAUUGAUAUUUGGAAAAAUAAAUUCUUAUCAAUUAAUAAACAAUAUCAUAUUAGUUAAGAAUAAUUAAUGGUUGUUAAAACAGAAUUAGAUGGCUUAAAAAAGGCUAAAUAAAAAGAAAAUAUUGAUCCUAUUUUAACUAAUAAACUUGUAUGA